AUGACCUUUCCCAAACCCCGUAUCCCACCUGGUGAUGAAGACAAUGGACUAACGAUAACAAGAGGUCCAACAAAACAGUACCCAUGUGCAGGUAAUAAAAAAACAACAACCCUUGCUAAUUUUCGACCUGGCCAACUCGUAGAUGUUAAAUGGGAAAUCGGAGCUGCACAUCGUGGUUCAUGUGCUAUUGAUCUCUCAACAAACGGAAAGGAUACUGAUUUCAAAGUUCUCAAAACAAUUGACGAUUGUGCUGAUCAGGCAGGAAAGAAUUUUAGUUCCAAAGUUAAACUACCAUCUAGAAUUAAUUGUAAUUCAUGUACUUUGAGAUUUCGUUGGAAAGCAGAUAUCACUAAAGAACUUUACCUUAAUUGUGCUGAUAUUAGAAUUAAUAGUAAAAUCAAUAGUAAACGAAGUGUUUUUUUUUAA